AUGGUGGCUCCCGAACAGAACAAGUCUCUGAUUUACAAGGCGGUGCCUGACACCUUUCCCGAGGCCGGUACGCAUCUCACCAUCGAGGAACGCCCUAUCGACAUUGAUACCGCUGAACUCCAUGGCGGCAUCCUCGUCAAGGUCCUCUACACCUCCUUAGAUCCCUAUCUGCGCAUUCUGAUGCGCGAUCCCAAGAUCAAAUCCUACAGUCCACCCUUAAAUCUUGACGAACCCAUCCAAUCAGCCAUCGUUGGCAAGGUUGUGCGCUCAAAUACACCACAAUACCAAAUUGGUGAUACUAUCGCCACAUUCUACGGGGAGAAUGCCGAAUACACUAUCAUUCCUGAAAGUUCGUUUUCCGCCACCGGCCUCCGCAAGGUCGAAAACACUCAAGGCCUUCCUCUCUCCUAUUACGUCGGUUACCUAGGUAUGCCUGGCGCUACUUCGGUCCAAGGCUUUUACGAGGUCGGUCAGCCCAAGAAGGGUGAGACCAUUUUCAUCUCCGCGGCUGCUGGUGCUGUCGGCCAAGUAGUCGGCCAGCUGGCCAAGGCGGAGGGUUUGACCGUUAUAGGCUCUGCAGGGUCUCAAGAAAAGGUUGACUUUAUCAAGUCCUUGGGCUUUGAUGUGGCAUUCAACUACAAAGAGGAGAAGCCCCUCGACGCACUUCGUCGCCUCGUGCCCCAAGGGAUCGAUAUUUAUUGGGACAAUGUUGGCGGGGAGGCACUUGAAGCUGCCCUUGAAAUGAUGAAUGACCAAGGUCGCAUCGUUGCCUGCGGGUCCAUCAGCGGAUACAACUCCAAGCCCGAGGACAGAUACGGCGUGCGGAAUACAUUCUACCUUGUGACCAAGCGCUUGCGUAUUCAAGGCUUCAUAGUCGAUCUGUCACCUCCUAAGUACAAUGCUGCGAUUGACAAGCUUGCGCCAUUGUUCGCAGAGGGCAAGAUUCAGGUCAAGGAGGAUGUCUAUGAUGGUAUCGAGAGAGGUCCCGAAAGUCUGAUUGGAAUCUUCAAGGGCCAAACCUUCGGCAAGACUAUUCUGAAGGUUGCAGAUGUUUAA